UCUAGCCUGGCCGGCAAAGGCGCCUUGGUGCGGUCGGCACUCGUCGGCUCGGCGCUGGGCUGCGAAGGUGCGAGCGAUGCUCCGCUGCUGACCCGUGCCGGCCGGACCCCCACGCAUCAUGCUCCCGGGGUUACCGCCCGCGGGCUGCUGCCUAUGGGCCAGCCGCGCCUGACCGGCGGCCGCCUCCCCGAUGCCCCCGGCCCCCCUGCCUCGUCGCCGCUGCUCCCGCCGGGGCGAAGGAGGUGGUUGCUCCUUCUCCUCUUCAUCAUGCUCGCCUUGUGGCUUUGCAUGGUCUACUCUUGCGUCGCCGGAUCGUGCGCUUCAACUGCGCCGGGGCUGAUGCUGCUGGGCUCUUCGCCGUCGGCUCGGAAAGCGCCCGGUCCGGAACUCAACCAGCUGCUGCUCGCAGCCCGGACGGCCAAGAUCCAGCUGAGAGCGGAGCCGGAGAACGACGAAGACGAAGACGACGAAGAGUUGGGUGGCGGCGGCAGCAGCAGCAGCAACAACAACGGAGUGGCUCCGGAUUCCCCCAGCUUCAUUUCCAGUUUCCUGAAUGGCUCUGGGACUAAGCGGCUGCCCCAGGCAGUGAUCAUCGGCGUGAAGAAGGGUGGGACUCGGGCGUUGCUUGAGUUCCUGCGGGUCCACCCGGACGUGAGGGCGGUGGGCGCCGAGCCGCACUUUUUUGAUCGCAACUACGAGCGAGGACUCACCUGGUACAGGGAACUGAUGCCAAGGACGCUUGAUGGCCAGAUCACCAUGGAGAAGACGCCCAGCUACUUUGUCACUAAGGAAGCACCAGCUCGCAUCUCCUCUAUGUCGAAGGACACCAAGCUCAUUGUGGUGGUGAGAGACCCGGUCACCCGAGCCAUUUCUGACUACACACAAACCCUUUCCAAGAAGCCAGACAUCCCGUCCUUUGAGAGCCUGACCUUCAAAAACAGGACUACGGGCCUGAUUGAUACCUCCUGGAGUGCCAUCCAGAUUGGCAUUUAUGCCAAGCAUCUAGAGAAUUGGCUCCUGUACUUCCCGCUUGGGCAAAUCCUUUUUGUCAGUGGGGAGAGACUGAUCAGUGAUCCAGCAGGCGAGUUGGGCCGCGUCCAGGACUUUCUGGGCCUCAAGAGGAUCAUCACAGAUAAACAUUUCUACUUCAACAAAACCAAGGGGUUCCCAUGCCUGAAAAAGGCUGAAGGCAGCAGCAAACCCCACUGCCUGGGCAAGACGAAAGGACGGACCCACCCCGACAUUGACCAGAAAGUAAUACAAAGGCUGCGAGAAUUCUAUCGGCCAUUCAACAUGAAGUUCUACCAGAUGACUGGCCAUGACUUUGGCUGGGAUUGAUGGCACUUCCCAGAGUCGAUCCCAUCUUUCAGCUUCCUUUCCUCCCAUACAUGUAGAUAGGUCUAUAUGUAAAAUGUACAGAAAUCUAUUUUAUAAUAAUUUAUUUUUUAAUUCUUAAGCAAUUAAUUCACUAAGCUGCCUAACCCCACUGUAGCUUAUAGCUGUGUUGUUUAUUUUGAACAUUCCACUGGGCUGAGUCCUACCAGGUUCAUCAUUGCCUGGCUUCAGCGUAUGCUGGAAAGUGCUUCCAGGUAUUUUCCCAGGAGAACUUUUAAUAUUAAAAAUAAAAAAUAGGGGGGGAAUGGUGAAUAAUGGUUAAGAGACAAUGAGAAAAGCACAAUCUUUAUUAUUAUAAUUAUUAUUCUUUUUUUUUCCGAUACGGGUACUAGGCAUGUCAAAAACAAUUUUGUACAAGGCCUUUCAUAUUGCAUCUCCGGACUUUUUUUUUCCUUCCUAGGUCAAUCCACAGACAUUUGUAUUUUUGUUAGCUUGGAAAUAGCUCAGAAGUAAAAACAAACAAACAAACAAACCUCAGGCAGUUUCUUUCAUGGUUGGGCCUGGUUGUAUGCACAGAAGGAAAUAACUCUCCAGCUAUGGAGUUCUUGCUGUCUCUUGUUCCCCAUUUUUAUUGAUCAGAUCUUAGCAAUUUCCCUUUCCACAGAGGUUUUGUGACACAGUAGACUUUCUGUGAGAUUAGGUACAGCUUAUCUGAUCCUUCAUGUUUGGGAUGAGGAACAAUGCAGGUUUUGCUGUUUUAACUUCUUCCUGUUGAAGAAAUGUGAAGUGCUUACUUGGGAGACAUGACACAGUAUUUAAUUCUUUCAAGCUUAGUUUUCAAGCUGCUGUUAACAGAAGAAGAGUGUGAAGCCUCUGUUUGUUUUCUGAAUCCCACUUUGAUUUCUUACGACUGAUCAUCCUGCAAGUGACAUCCUAUCCCAUGAAACAAGCUAAUACCAUUAGCUCAUUGCUACAUUCAACCUUAUAUGUUGAAUGUGGCAAUGAACUAAAGGCCUUGGUUUGUUUUUAUGGGGCUUUCUUUCCUCCCCAAAAUAGUUUAAAUAUAAGCACAAAAACACAAUAACAUUUGAAAUUAUUUUGAUUUAUAAAUGUUAUAGAUCAGAGGUGAGUGAACAUUUUAUAAGCUUGCUGAAAGAAGUACUAGGGAUGGAUAUUCAGGAAACGUAGUUUAUCCAAACUUCAUCAAAUAAUUCUACAAACCUUUAAGCUACCUUUUGUGUAUAUGCCCAACAGCACUGUUCUACGAUGAGUGUCAAGAGUGAGUUUUUCAGAGUGGCCCCAUCUUUGAGACAAAAUCCAUUGCAUAUUGAGAGAAUUUGUUACUCUUUGCUCUAUCAGAAGUUUUGUUCUCCAUAGGUGUUAGCCUGAGUGCAUUAUAGUAGAGCAGUACAUUAUCUGUUUUUGCUGGCAGAGGGUUGCAGGAGGCCAUUGCAGCUGAAAAUGGAACUUGAGAGGGCCGUGUGCACCCCUUGGAAGCUCCAUUUUUGCUGGCAGAGAUUGCAGGAGGCCAUCACAGCCAGAAAUGGAGCUCGGGGGCCCGUUUUUGCUGGCAGAGUGCUCAGGUUGUCAGAGUGCUCAGCGCCCCCAACAUGAGUGACAUCGAGCUGGCCAUGCCCAACCAGGCCACACUCAAUCUGGCCCCUCAAGGUCAAGCAGAAACGUGAUGUGGCCCUUGAGUUUGACAUCCCUGUAGUAGAGUCAAAAUAACUUCUUAAGGUCCCCAAAACAAAUGUGAAUCAGAUUGAGUGGGAUUAUCACUUGUAUUUCUGUCUUCAGAGAUAACUGGAUUUAGUAAUGAAUCAAUGAGAAAAUUAGUCUGGCAGAUUCCUCAGAGGGAUGCAUGGAUACCCAUACCAAUACAUAUGCAAACACACUUAUACACACUGGCUAAAGGCAUAGAUAUUUUUUGUAAAUAUUUGACCUUUACAUUGGGCUUCUUGGUCUUGAGGAAUUUACUAUAUCUUCUGACAGAAUACAGGCUAUAAGAAGAAAGACAUUUGGGUCAUCUUCUCAUUAGAAGAAGCAGCAUAUGUGAUCACCCAUAUAUACUUCCGUUUAACUCUGAUAUGUAUUUGAUAAACAGAUUAUUUUUUCAUAUGGUCAAUCCAAUGAACAUCCUUUGUUCUGGAACAUUGGAGUGAAUUUUAUUUCUAGGCCUUAUGUUUUCUUUUUCAAAACUUUUUGAUUUUUUGGGGGGGAUGGAACUGCUGAGCGUAUGCUUGGACUUUCUGAUCUCUUUUUUUGGAAUGGGUGAAGGAUACUUUCCUAGUUGCAUAAAGCAUGAUAGGUAUGGUAUCCAUAUAUCUUGUUUUCUGUGUGUGCGUGUUUUUUGAGUGAUGACAUUGCCAUCAAUUCACUGUUAUAACAUUGAACUGCUACUUAUGGCUGAGCAGCCCACUCAAUGGAAACCUUCUGAAGCCAAUUUAUUGAAGAGGCCUUACCUAAAUAUUAAAUAAAGUAGCCACGAGAGGCAUAUAUCAUAUACGAUAUUUGAACUGCAUAGAUGGUAGCCUUCAUAAAUAUUGCCAAUUUUUGUUCCAUUUGCAAGAUUUGGAGGUCUGGUUAUACAUCUUUUCACCCUAUAACAUUAAUUUAUGGCUGAGUUCCAUUCAGCACUUCAUUGUCCUGAUAUUAGCAAUAUUUUUGAGUUUGCUAUAACAUGUUAUGGCUUAGAAUGGUACACUUGUAAAAGGAAACAAAUGACAAGCAAAAACUGUAAAUUGAAUAUUUUGUGGUAUGUACAACACAAAUUAAUUUUACACAGAGGUUUCUAGGAAAAUGGAAUUCUGAUUCAUACUAUUUGAAGAAAUAAAAUAUAUUUU